GGGGGGCACCCGAUGGGGCGGAUGGAGCACCCCGCCUGGAGGAGGGCAGAAGGCGAGAGCCUCAAAUACUUCAUAGAGGAUCCGAGCACGGGGACGCUUUACAAGAGAGGGCAGCUUUUGGGGAAGGGCGCCUUUGGGAGAUGCUACAAGUUCACAGACACCUCCACCAACAAGGUCUAUGCCGUGAAGGUCGUGCCUCGGUCCCGGGUCUCCAGGCUGGACAACCGAGGGAAGGUCGAGCGCGAGAUCGAGCUGCACAGCCAGCUCAAGCACAGGAAUGUUGUCGGCUUCCACCGGCAUUUUGCUGACCAGGAGAACAUCUACAUGGUCCUGGAGUACUGCAGUCGGAAGUCCCUGGCCCACAUCCUGAAAGCCCGCAAGACGCUGAUGGAGCCUGAGGUCCGCUUCUACCUCAAGCAAGUCAUUGCUGGCCUCCAGUACCUCCACCAGCAAGGCAUCAUUCACCGGGACCUCAAGCUGAGUAACUUCUUCAUCACGAAGACCAUGCAGGUGAAGAUUGGGGACCUGGGGCUGGCGACUCGUGAGGAGCAGGCUAACCGGAGGAGAGGAGUGGUCUGUGGGACCCCCAAUUACCUGGCUCCUGAAGUCAUUGCCAAAAAGGGGCACUCGUUCAAGUCGGAUGUCUGGGCCCUUGGCUGCAUCAUGUACACGGCCCUCACGGGCUGCUCCCCCUUUGAGAUCACCCACAAGCAGGAGAUGUACCGCUGCAUCCGGGAAGGGCGCUACCCCACCCCCAGCCGCCUCUCACCCAGUGCCAGGGACCUCAUUGGGAAGCUGCUGGCCCCCGAUCCUGAAGCACGGCUCACCCUGGAAGAAACCCUCGCCCACGAGUUUUUCACCCAGGGCUUCACCCCGACCCAGCUGCCUUCCCGCGCCUGUCAUUCUGCCCCGCUCUUCGUGCUUCCCAACCCACUGAGGAAGUUCUUCCAGAAAGCGGCAAAGGUUUUCCUGCGUGGCUCCCUGUGCCAGGAGACCCGGACAGUGAGCCCCCCACCCCAGGAAGCGGAAGGGAUGCCACCACUUGGGAUGCCUGCCGAGACCCCCAGCCUGGAGGUGGAAGAGGACAGCCAGAAUGCCACUGAGGACACAGCCACCUUCCCUGUCUGCUUGCUCAUGAGGGGCUCCUUGAACGUCAGCCGGGAGGCGGCCGAUGCCGAGAGGAGCAUGAUGGCCAAAGUGGAUGAAGUUCUGCGGACCUGCCUGAAGACCAUCCCCCUGGCGGAAGAGGAUCCCGAGGGGCCCCCAAGGGCUGGACCCGUCCAGAUGGUCACCAAGUGGGUCGACUACUCCAACAAGUACGGCUUCAGCUACCUGCUCUCGGACGGCUCCACUGGAGUGCUCCUGGCUGAUGGGACCCACAUUGCGCUUUGCCCGCAACGCCAGCGCGUCUGCUACUGCCCCAAGCUCCACGAGGCCUCAUCCUUCCCGCGGAGAGACGUGCCGCCUUCGCUGACCAUGAAAAUGGGGGUUCUCCACUUCUUCAGCCGGUACAUGCAGCAGCGACUCCUGGAGGGGGGUCACCAGCAGGCAAGUCCCACCACCUCGCUGGACAACCUCUGCCUCCUGCACUUUGCAAAGUCCCAGGAGGCACUUUUGAUGCUCUUCAGCGACGGGACCCUGCAGGUCAACUUCUACCACGACCGCACCAAGCUUGUGCUGAGCCCCACGCCAGCUGGGGGGUACCUCCUGACUUUCGUGGACCGGCAGCGCCAGAGCCGGACCUUCCCGCUGGAGACGCUGGUCCUGCGAGGUUGGACGAUCCCCUUGCGAGAGCGCCUCAGCUAUGCCCUGAGCAUGCUGCACUGCCUGUAGCAGACCCCUCCCAGCACCCCCCUUUCCCUGAGCCCGCUUACACUCCCUGCCCUGUCACUCACAGGCUGCUGGCCAGAUCCUGCUCUGCCCCCCACGUGGGGUUGGGGCCAGGUGGUGGUGGGGGCUCUGUGCAAGGGUUGGAAAUCCAGGCAGGAUCCUUGUGUCUUGUAAGGAGCAGCCUAGGAGCAAGCAGGUGGUGAGGGCAGGAUGAAGCCUGAGGCAGCGGAGACGGCAGAUUGGGUUGCGGGUUCGAAUCUCAGGUUGGGUGGGAUAUUCCUGCAUUGCAGGGCGUUGGGCUGGAUGACUCUUGAGGUCCCUUCCAACUCUAGAAAUCUGAGGAUAAUAAGCAAGUGGUACAGAAAGGGGGCAGUUGUGGG